CGGCAAUUGCUUUGCUUUUGCGCAACCCUCCUGAAAACUUUUUAUUCACGAAGUUGUUUUUAGGUGACAGGAAUGAACUUGUUGCUCAUAAGACAUGGCGAGUCUACCGACAACGUAGCUGGACUUCUCGCAGGUUCUCGAGAUGCCCCACUGACAGCCCACGGGGUGAUCCAGGCGCGUCGACUGGGCCAGCACCUCGCCGAGCGCAGCGCAGAGAUUGGCCCCGUCGUGCACAUAUUUGCGUCGGAUCUCCAGCGUGCUUUGAAGACUGCCUUGGAAGUCGUCGCGGCGCAAAACAAACAGACCCAUAGCAGCGGCAGCAGCUCGCCUGGGUCUUCCACCCGGGGAGAUGAUCCCGGCAACCGAGAUCCGGGGAGCCGGCUGCUCGUUGUGGAGACGCUACCCUUGCUCCGGGAGAAGGACUUUGGGUCCCGCGAGGGUGUGGCUUAUGGGAAGCGACGACGCGAUCAGGAUGACCCGAUCCGGGCUGAGGGUGAUGGCUCGCCGCUGAUCAAGCCAGAAACUCAUGAGCAGAUGUCGGCGAGGAUGGAGACGUUUGUUCGCGACCAUCUAGAGCCGCUUCUUGCAUCUCGCCUGACUGGGGAGGUGGGCCCGCGGGCUGAGACCGUCGUUGUUGUCGCUCAUGGCAUUAUAUUGAAUGUCUUGAUGAGGGUGCUUUUGGCUCAGUUUCCAGAUGCCAAUUCUGCACGUCUCGUCGAUGACUUGGGGUCCAGGGAUCCACUUCCCCGACCUACCGAGUUCUCCAUUCCGUGGAGAAACACGGGGUAUGCUGAGCUCAAGGUCACUCCAUGCGCUUGUUCAGACACGCCGUCAACAUCCAAAGCUUCGGAGGACGUUCCUGCUGCGCCAUUGCUUCUCGCCCUGAGGGUCAUCUCAGUAAACAAUAGCCGCCAUCUUGAUGGGCUGAAAAAGACCCGAGGUGGGAUCGGCAGCGCCCAAUUUGACUCGAAGCAGAAAACCAUGGACUCAUUCUUUAGUCGAAAGCCCAAAGGUCCACCAAAGUGAGUAAUGUACGCUUGCCGAAUACUUGCAGCAGGAACAUAUCAAGCGACGAUGUGCAUAUGGCUCUCUGAAUGUGUAAAUGAUACAGUUUACGAAAUGAUCACGCUGCCUCUUCUUCUUGCUCAGACGGCAGCAUAUCCGGGAACCAGCCAUACUCUUUAAAGUCGACCAUUAGCUCACCCAGAGCCCCAGUUGUGACCGUCACACCCUCCGCCCUCAGUGCGGCAGCCUGAUUCUGAGAACCUGAUGGUGCAGAUCUGAGUGAAAGAACCCGAAAGUGUUAGCUCGUCGUAGACUGGAUACAUAGGAGGGCACGCCUGGGGAUGCAGAUACGGACGGACCUUGGAGAGAUAAUACCCUUGGCAUUGAUAACCCGCUGCCAAGGGACGUUGUUGUGAUUAUGCACGGCGUUGUCGUCUUCUGAAAGAUGCUUGAGGCACACUCCGACCUGACGAGGCCUCUGGGCUAAGCUUAGGGUUAGUAAGAGAUGCCUUGAUCUGAGAUGGAACGUUUAGCAUGUUUAUUACGCUCUCCAACGAGAUGGGCGAUGUGGCCGUAUGUAGUGACUUUUCCUGGCGGUAUCUCUUGAACGGCGCUGUAUACCGCGUAGAAAAACGCGGCAGCUUCCUCGGAUUGAGGCAUGGCAAUCUGUCUACGUGCUUGAAGGCAAUAUUUGAUUGUGGUUGAUAUUUAUGGCAGCGUGACUCUUGAUCAAUUUGGUGAUGUGCACAAUGCCAAGUUAGUUAUGCGGGGAAAUCGAGACUAAGGUAGCUUCCGGUGAGAUCAAUGAUUAUAUCAGCAAACGCUCUGUUUGCGAUUUGGCAAUCCGCGCAAAGACGAGGACAAUAACCAAUUUUGCGAUGAGACUUUCCAGUGAGACCGCAAUAAUACACACUACGAAUAUAAAGGCCAUUUUCUCAUUUUUGGCAGGUUGAUGCAUGCCGAAUUAAUGCUGGCGCGAAAGCAACAAACCAUUCAAGGAGGAUGG